CCCAGGCCUGGCGGUGUCACUUGUCCCUGCGAGCCAUGAGCGGGCUCCGGGUUGCACGCCUCACGCCGUUGGAGCUUCUGCUGUCGCUGCUACCGCUGCUGCUUGGGACGCGGCCCUAUGGCAGUCCAGGCCCACUGCAGUGCUACAGCGUCGGUCCCCUGGGAAUCCUGAACUGCUCCUGGGAACCUUUGGGCGACCUGGAGACUCCACCUGUGCUGUAUCACCAAAGUCAGAAAUACCAUCCCAAUAGAGUCCGGGAGGUGAAGGUGCCUUCCAGACAGAGCUGGGUGACCAUUCCCCGGGAACAGUUCACCAUGGCUGACAAACUUCUCAUCUGGGGAACACAAGAGGGACAGCCUCUCUGGUCCCCUGUUUCUGUAAACCUGGAGACCCAAAUGAAGCCAGACACCCCCCAGAUCUUCUCUCAAGUGGAUAUUUCGGAGGAAGCAACCCUGGAGGCCACUGUGCAGUGGGCACCGCCCGUGUGGCCACCGCAGAAAGUUCUCAUCUGUCAGUUUCGGUACAAAGAAUGCCAGGCUGCAUGGACCCAGCUGGAGCCCCAGCUGAAGACAGAUGGGCUGACUCCUGUUGAGAUGCAGAACCUGGAAUCUGGCACCAGCUACCAGGUGUCUGGCCGCUGCCAGGUGGAGAACGGAUAUCCAUGGGGAGAGUGGAGUCCGGCCCUAUCCUUCCAGACGCCAUUCUUAGAUCCUGAAGAUGUGUGGGUAUCGGGGACCGUCUGUGAAACAUCUGACAAACGGGCAGCCUUGCUUGUCUGGAAGGACCCAAAACCUUGUGUGCAGGUGACUUACACAGUCUGGUUUGGGGCUGGAGAUAUUACUACAAUUCAAGAAGAGGUCCCGUGCUGCAAGUCCCCUGUCCCUGCAUGGAUGGAGUGGGCUGUGGUCUCUCCUAGCAACAGCACCAGCUGGGCACCUCCCACCAACCUGUCUCUGGUGUGCUUGGCUCCAGAAUCUGCCCCCCGUGACGUGGGAGUGAGCGGUCCUGAUGGGAGCCCAGGGAUAGAGGUGACCUGGAAACAAGGGACCAGGAAACCGUUGGAGUACGUGGUGGACUGGGUUCAAGAUGGUGCCGGCCUGGACAAGCUCAACUGGACCCGUGUCCCUCCUGCAAACCUCAGCACGUUGUUACCAGGGGAUUUCAAAGGAGGGGUCCCCUAUCGAAUUACAGUGACUGCAGUAUACUCUGGAGGAUUAGCUGCUGCACCCUCAGUUUGGGGAUUCAGAGAGGAAUUAGUACCCCUUGCUGGGCCAGCAGUUUGGCGACUUCCAGAUGACCCCCCAGGGACACCUGUUGUAGCCUGGGGAGAAGUACCAAGACACCAGCUCAGAGGCCAGGCUACUCACUACACCUUCUGCAUACAGAGCAGAGGCAUCCCCACCGUCUGCAGGAACGUGAGCAGUCAAACCCAGACCGCCACUCUGCCCAACCUUCACUCGGGUUCCUUCAAGCUGUGGGUGAUGGUGUCCACCGUUGCAGGACAGGGCCCACCUGGUCCCAACCUUUUGAUUCACCUACCAGAUAAUAGGAUCAGGUGGAAAGCUCUACCCUGGGUUCUGUCCCUGUGGUGUUUGCUUCUGAUGGGCUGUGGCCUGAGCCUGGCCAGUACCAGGUGCCUGCAGGCCAGGUGCUUACACCAGCGACACAAGAUGCUUCCCCAGUGGAUCUGGGACAGGGUUCCUGAUCCUGCCAACAGCAAUUCUGGGCAACCUUACAUCAAGGAGGUGAGCCUGCCCCAACCGCCCAGGGAAGGACCCAUCGUGGAGGUGGAGGAAGUGGAGCUACAGCCUGUCGUGGAGUCCCCUAAAGCCUCUGCCCCGCUUUACUCUGGGUAUGAGAAACACUUCCUGCCCACACCUGAGGAGCUGGGCCUUCUGAGGCCUCCAGCCCCCAGGAUCUAGCCUGAUCUGCUUCCGGCUUGGGGCUGUACCCCUAGCUUGGGCUAGACUUUUUUUCUCACUAUGGCUGGCCUAGAACUCAAUAUAACAACCAGGCUGGCCUAGAACUCCCCAAGACUCACCUGGCUCUGCCUUCCAAGGACUGAAAAGAACCGAGUAGGCCGCCUCCCACCCAGCCAGCUUUUCUUUUCCUUGCCUAUGGGUCUUUGGCAUAUGUUCAUUACCGCAGAAGAAUCAACACCCUCACAGCCUCAACCCAUCGUUGUUAUUUCCUCCUCGUGUCAGAGGCUUGCUAGGUAGCCAAGGCUGGCCUCGAACUUGUGGUCCCCCCUGGUGCAGCGUCCCCAGAGCUGGGAUGACAGGUGUGUGUCACCUCAUCGAGUGUCACCUUUGAUUCUAAUAAGAAUAACUACCAGGGCUGGAGAGAUGGCUCAGGGGUUAAGAGCACUGACUGCUCUCUUCCAGAGGUCCUGAGUUCAAUUCCCAGC